CCAACGACUAUUAAACACGAAGAAGAAAAAGCCAAGAAGAAGUAGGAACACUCGGCUGUGUGACUCAGUGUACAAAAGUCACGCUGUACAUACCGAGUAAUUUGCAUCUUGCGUGCUGCCUACAUUUGGAGUCCAUUUCAACAUUUUCUGUGACCAACAGCACCAGAGGAGACUCUCCCGUUUUGCAUUUGGAUCUUCAGCAGAUGAUACUUUCAACACUUUGACAAGAUUGAAAUUUGUUUUAAGUAUCUCUCUUUCCUUGUGGCAAAAAAAGUGGAAGCAACAUGAUCAGAGCCACGACUGGACUGCUGAGUUAUCCGAGCACCUGAUCCGCACAAAUAUUCUCCAUAGAAAAAGACUCUCAAACUGCAAAACUAUCACUACAACUGCAUCUGUCUGCUGCUAUGUAUCACAACCGGUCUCAGUCACAAGACCAACAGUCUUUCCCCAGUGCGUCAAGGCUUGGUCAGAAUCAACAAACACAUCUACAACAUAAUUCCCCUGCCUCUAACAUGCAUGGCUUCCCAUUUCCUCGCCGUACUCAACUUCCUGAUGAGCUAGAGUCAGCUCUGGCUAUUCGAGGAGCCAGGGAUACAGACCACCGCCUAUCUGACCACACAAAUCAGCAAAGUCAACAUCAGGGAAAACGCCAAGUGUCUAUAGUCAGUCAACAUGGAGGCUACAGUUCAAGCCCAAUAGCACUCAGCUCUGAUAAUCAAGCAAAUCAGCAAAGGGCAGACUGGUCAAGCUUUCAGCCUCCAAAUAAACUGUUUGCAAGCCCUACAUCUGGUGGAAGUCAUCACUCUCAUCAUCAGGGCCCUCACCAACAGUCUCAGACUAACCAAACAGGAACAACCAAUCCAGGUUGGACAUCAGGCAACAUGUCCUCUUCUCAAGUCCAGCGACUAUGUCGUGUUGGUGCGCAAGGCCAGGGUUUGUAUACACCUGAAAAUGCAGGAAGUAUCUUGGCAAGCUUUGGACUAUCAAAUGAGGACCUUGAAGUGUUGAGUCAUUACCCAGAUGAUCAGCUUACCCCAGAUACAUUGCCGUUUAUACUUCGUGACAUACAAAUCAACAAAUCGGACAACCAAAAAACCGUGGCACCCAACAUUCAUGACAAGCUGCUCCUUCCAACAACCUCUUCCCAGCUGAAAGUUUCAAACUCCCCUGAAGUACCCAGUCUUCUGACCGUUACAAAAACAGCAGGUCAAGUCAUUGACUAUGGUCAUGCCAGCCGAACAAAAGACAGUACUACUACAAAGACUUUUAAAAGAGAGAAAUUUUCAAGUGAAAGAAAAAUUGAGAUGUACCCAUCAUCCUCCUCUGCAUCCACUUCAAAAGUAGAAAAGGCUGAAAAACGGCAGGUACGUUUGGUACACGUGGAAUCGAGCAGGCAUGGAGACCGGGACUACCGUAGGACAAGCAGCGACCAUCACAAGAGGAGUCGGUCACGCAGUAGUGAUGGUCCACCAUAUAAAUCUCGUAUUUCAGACAAAGACUACAGGCAAAAUGGAUCAAAGCCAAGGUUCUCAACCGAACCGAAGAAAGAGCUGCCCUCAAGGCACUCUAGUUCCUCUUCAUCUGGCACAGCUUCACAGGAUACCAGCAAGAAGUUGCCUACUUCUGCCAUGAUAAGUGAUUUCUCUGCCACGUGUCCUAAAGUGUUUCCUCAUUCCUGCACCCUGUGCCACACUGAGUGUGAUCAUGAAAAGGACUGGUUUGACCACGUUAAUACUGUUAACCACACAGCCGCCUGCAGGGACCUGCGCAACAAGUAUCCUGAAUGGAAGCCAGAUCGGAAAAGCCCUGCCCAAAGCACGAGCGGAUUGGAGCCUCCUUCCCACAAACCUGACUCGUCUUAUUCUCAUUAUGACCGUUACCAUUACUUUGCAGGAGGUGAAUCACGUCAAAGUGGUUUAAAGCGCCCUUACAAUGAUCUAAACAAACAAUCUGACACCAGCUUAAAGUCUUCUAACUCCAAGGCUGAUCAUGGACGAUCUCACUUCUCCGCUAGUACAGACAAGAAGGCAACAAGGCCUGGAAACAAAACCACUAAAACUGCACAUACCAAGGCUGAUGAGCAUUCCACCAAGCCUUCACCAGCCAAAAAGAAAAACACAUCGACUUCAGCAUUAUCGGACUCUAUAGCAGAACGCCUUGUUUACCUGACUGGGAUUCCAAAGCAAACCACAGAGCAGGAAGUUACUAAAUUAGUGGCGUCCUAUGGCAAGAUCAACAAUGUGAUUCUCAUCCCAUGUUUUGAAAAAGAAAGUGAUACCCUGAAGGCAUCAGUGUGCAUGGAGAAUGCUGCAGAUGCUCAGGCUUUGGCAGACUCUGCAAACAUCAAAAUUGGAGAUCAGCUUAUCACUGCUUCAGUGGCGAAGAAAUCAGACCCAUGCCAGUCUACUGUCUGCUCCAACAGCAAACCUAUUUCAAGUUUGGACGAAGUUGCAGAUAAAAAAGACUUAACGGGUGAUGCUAACCAGAACAUUUUGGGAAAGAAGGGCUUAGUGCUUAUCACAGGACUUCCUGAAUGUGACUGCUCAGAAAGUGACAUCAUCGAGCUCAUUCAGCCAUUCGGACAUCCAACCAACAUUAUCUUGGCAUCGUCAGUCAGAAAGGUUCUCGUGUCUUUGCCAGAUGUGGCAACUGCUCAAGAGGUGGUGAAAGUUCACUCUUCAACUCCUGCAAAAAUGAAAGAUUGUGAACUCAAGAUGGUGACUAUCGAGCAGCAUGUUGGCAUCGACACACCGGUGGCUCUCUACAAUCUACUGAUGCAGUCACUGGACCCAUUGGAGAGUUCAGUUCCCAUUGACUGGAACAGUCUCUUAGUGAUCAGUAAUGUUCCUAACACAUCGACAAGCUCCUCAGAUGUAAAGCAACUGGUUCAGCGUUUUGGCACAGUUGUCAAAAGUCUGGAACUCAAGAAUAUGGUUAUUUGCGAAAUGACUACUGCACCUAUGGCGUUGUCUGUCUACAAACGUUUCCAGAGAUUCCCAUGCGUUAUCCAGAGCAACCCUCUGUUAUUUUCGCGCAAGCCGGACCCCAAAGCUAGCACGCGGACUCAAAUCUGUUCUCCAAACCUGCAUUCACUUAAGGAUAUUCUAGAACGUGAUGACUGCAAAUCAGGUGCAAAUAACCCAGAGGCAAAAGGAAAUGAAGAAAAUUAUUCUCUGAAAAACACCAAACAAGGGCCAGAGAUGUUAAACAGCCCUGAGGAGGUGGUCAGUGAAGAUGAAGAGAUGGCAAAGAAUGGAAGCAAAAUUGUCAAAAAUACAGACCAAGUGCCUUAUUCUGCAAAUGAGGCAGACCGACUGUCAAAGACCAACAUACCAGCUAUUCAAGCACACAUGAAGACCAACAAGGAAUUGUCAAGUGAAGCAGACAUGAAGAAGAACAAGACAAUGUCAGCUAUUGAAACAGACAUGAAGACAGACAAGGAGAUCCCCACUAUUGAAACAUACAUGAAGACCGUCAACAAGAUGUCUAUUGAAACAGACAUGAAGACGGACAAGGACGUAUCCGCUAUUAAAACAGACACGAAGACGGACAAGGACAUGUCCGCUAUUGAAACAGACAUAAGGAUGGACAAAGACAUGUCCGCUAUUAAAACAGACACAAAGCCAAACAAGGAGAUGUGCGCUAUUGAAACAGACACGAAGACGGACAAGGACAUGUCCGCUAUUGAAACAGACACAAAGCCAAACAAGGAGAUGUGCGCUAUUGAAGCAGACAUGAAGACAGACAAGGAGAUGUCCGCUAUUGAAACCGAUACGAAGACAGACAAGGAGAUGUCUGCUAUUAAAACAGACACAAAGACGGAAAUGGACACGUCCGCUAUUGAAACAGACACAAGGACGGACAAGGACAUGUCCGCUAUUGAAACAGACAUAAGGACGGACAAGGACAUGUCCGCUAUUGAAACAGACAAAAGGAUGGCCAAAGACAUGUCGGCUUUUAAAACAGACAUGAAGACAGACAAGGAGAUGUCCGCUAUUGAAGCAGACAUGAAGACAGACAAGGAGAUGUCCACUAUUGAAACAGACACAAACACUGACAAAGAUAUCAAAAUAGACUUGAACACGGACAGGGAAAUGUUCGUUAUUGAUACACACAUGCCCACUAUUGAAACAGACAUGAAGACUGACAAGAAGAUGUCUGAUAUUGAAACAGACAUGAAGACUGACAAAAAGAUGUCUGAUAUUGAAACAGACAUGAAGACUGACAAGGAGAUGACCGUUAUUGAUACUACUAUGUCCACAAUUGAAACCGACAUGAAGACGGACAAAACGGUGACAACUAUUAAAACGGUCAUGCAGACAACGAUAAAUGAAACUAACCUGGGAGAAGAGACACCUACAGAUAUGGCCAUAUCAGAGUUUACCAAGGAUACUCAAAAGGCGAGAGAAACUGGAAAAAGAACUGGCGGCCUUUCAGAUAAAAUGACAAUUUCUGCAGAUGGAGAUCAGACACAUCUGGAGUCCAAGAGGGAAACGGCAAAUGAAGAAACAAAAGAGACGAGGAGAAAAAGAGCAGUUGAUGAAACAAACGAGUCAGUAAAGAGCCACAUAGAACCGGCUUUCAAGACACAAGACAGGGUGAGAAUUGAAAGAGAGGCCAGAAGGGAGAAGGAAGCAAGAGAGAGAGAAAGACGAGAAAAGGAGAGGAGACUCUGGGAGAAGGAGCGCAGGGCCAGAUGGGAAAACGAGCGGGAGGAAAGAAUUAUGAGACAGAGGCGGGAAAGAGAAAGGAGGGAUAGAAAGCGGGAUCGUGAUGAUAGGUCCUCAGCUCUUAGAUCAUCCUACAGGUUGGAGACAUAUAAGACUUCUUCCUUCGAUGAGACGGCAACUUCAAGGAAAUCAGAUGCUGAGCCACCUGAAAUGGGUAUGGAUGGGGAUUUUGAUUCCUUUCCAUUGAACAUGAGUGAAUUUGUGACCGUGGAUGAAGUAGGGGAUGUGUUUGACUUCCCCAACUCUCCUGCUGCUGCUGCUCCAGAGGACACGACAAAACAAGAGCAACAGGAUUCCCCGACAUGUGUCCCACAGAGUGCUCGUGAGGACACAACUUUGGAAAUCACAGAAGGAAUGUUAAUAUAUCAGCCUGUGAAGUCUGAUGACUCCUUAACGGAGUGUCAACAUCAGCCCAUUAAGUCCGAUGAGCCCAUAACUGAUUGUCAGCAUCAGUUUGGUGAUUCCAUAUCAGGAUGUGAAGCUCCCCCUACAUUCUCAGCUGAGACCAAUUUAUCAUCGGAUGUGAUGGAUAUGCUGAGCUGCGAAACUGCAGCCUCACCCGCAGAAGGUCAACAAGAAAUCUCUCCGUUUGACCCAAACCUUGUGCCAAGUUGUCAACCAGAAGAGUGUCAGACAGAUGGUCCCACUACCGAGAUGGGAAUGACUGCAGAAGGAAAGGAAGAUAAAACGGCAACCCUGGAUAGCAGCCCUGGAAAGGAGUGUGUGACCCUGAUGUUGAAUAAAGAAGAGGAAAAGAUGCAAAAAACAGAGGACAAAGAGACAAGCAUUCCAUCUCAGGAGCCAGAUGGUCCCACUACAGAGAUGGGAAUGACUGCAGAAGGAAAGGAAGAUAAAACGGCAACCCUGGAUAGCAGCCCAGGAAAGGAGUGUGUGACCCUGAUGUUGAAUAAAGAAGAGGAAAAGAUGCAAAAAACAGAGGACAAAGAGACAAGCAUUCCAUCUCAGGAGCCAGGAAAGCAUGAGGUGUCUGAGAACCCAACAAUCACAGAAAAGAAGAGUGAUAUAGAAACGCCAACAACUACAGACAACGCUCUCCAUUUUGACCCCAGCAACCCAGUUGGUAUGGAAUUCUUGAUGCCAAAAACAGGCUUCUUCUGUAAGGUGUGUAACCGUUUCUUCAGCGGAAACAAGGACGCUCAAAUCGCUCACUGCAAAACCUUCAAGCAUUUUGAGAACCUGCAGAAACACUUGGAGAGGAAGAAAACGGUGGAUGCAACAUCCAGCUGAUUUUGUUAACCGCUUUUGAGCGAAUAACGACAUUCAUCUUGUUUUAUUUCUUGUUGCAAAUGUGAAACGAUGACCCACAAAUGUUUUAUCUUUCAUAUUCUUCAGACUUUCUGAUCAAGUUCCAGGUUCAAUUCCUUUAAACGACUGCAGUAACUGAACUAAGAAAUUAAAAAAAUGAUCUUUAGGCACACUAUAUGAUUUCAAAACAGUAACCCUAAAGAUACUCAUUAUUUAUGUGGUCGUCUUCACGUGUUUACGUGGUUGUCAGAGAGAAUAGAUUGGCUGAUGUAAGAUGUUUCAAAUAUUUGAACAUAUUUGAUGUAACAAACGUCAAAUACCAUUAAUCAGUGCAUGUUUAAUAGAUUUCUUCAUAGACGUUACAGCUUAAAUUGGCUGAUGAAAGAUGUUUCAGAUAUUUUAACAUAUUUGAUGUAACAAACGUCAAAUACCUUUAAUCAGUGCAUGUCUAACAGAUUUCUUCAUAGACGUUUCAGCUUAGUUAGUCUAGUCAGUUAUUGUCCUGAUCCUGUUUAAACACACUUGGACAUUUUUCAUGUAAUACUCAAUAGAAAAUAGGCCAAUUCUGCUUACUUGGACAUUUUUCAUGUAAUACUCAAUAGAAAAUGGGCCAAUUCUGCUUUACAAUAAUGGCUGCGAAUAAUUUCUCUGAUUUUGUUUUUCUUUUAGCUUUUUCAACUUCUUCAUUAGUUGACCUUGUACUUUGCAAUAAAGAACUUGCUUGGUAUGACA